AUGACGUCUACUCGAAGGUCGUCAACUUCGUCGGGUCUUCCCUCAGGGGUCGUAUUCUUACCUACGAGCAGCAAUGAUCAAACCCGUCAAAAUGACUUUCAUGUCGACCAAGCAGGGAUCAUAGUUGAGCCAGGGACUGAUGUUGGCGAGACGGCAGAAGACGAAGCUGCAGCCAGACCUUCGGGCAGAUUAGAAGCUAUUAAAUUGACUGGCGACACGAAUGUGCCUCGUGGAGAGCUCUCCUGGUUUGCUGACGACAUAGGCGAUUCUGGUCUCAUAGGUAUUGCAGACGACGAAACGUUUGAAGGCGCUAGGAUCGUCAAAAGUAUGGGUCACAUUGCAGAUCGAGGCUUUCAGAAUGAUAGAUUCAUCAAUUCACGACUGAUCAUGAAGGAUCACAAUACGCUUGCCCAGCAUUGGGAGGCGAUUUCGGCCACAAUUGGCUGCAUAUUCAUCGUCAUUGCGAUUUAUGUCUACUAUCGCAAGACCCGCCCUCCUUCGUAUAAGACACCGCCCAAGACAGCUGCAAGAUCGAAAUGGCAUAUCUUACGCUCUUCACCCAUUAAUCUGCGGCGCAUGGGCCGCCGACAAGAUCCAAACGCCAACCAUGAUGAAGAGACAUCAUACAGUGCAUCGCGUUCGGCGACCAAUAAUACCGACAUGACCUCUACUACUGUGGAUGUGGUUGACAGACAUACAUCACUCAGAAGUAUUCUCACUUUGCCUGCCUACAACCCGGCACCUAGGCCCGACGAGCAUCUAAUUGCUCGCGAAGGCGAGCGUGGUGGCGUUGACACGGUGGUCGAGUUUCCUGAAACAGCAGAAGAAGAGGAGGCUCGAAGAGAAGAGGACAUGGAGGCACUGUUUAACAUUCGACAAGUUCGGAGACAAGAAGCUGCAGACCGUGACGAAAGGCGCCGACAGCGACGGGAAGCACGCGAACAAGGUGAUUGGGCUCGAUUGGAGCAAUUGCGUCUUGAUGCCCAAAGACGAGCGCGAGCAAGAUCGGAUAGCAAUGUCAGCGCAGAAAGUAGCACUGCGAGCCUUCCGACAUCACGCGAGUUGAUAGCGGAACACAACGCUCGAGCGGCGUCAAGAGAUCGUAGGGUUAGCAGUGUCAGCUACGCCGAGCUGGGUUUGGCAAGACACGACGGGUCUCGUUUAAGAGCAGAAAGCAUUGAUUCAGACCAUCGACCGCUUCUAGACAAUGCUGCUCACAUGGCUGGCAAUGGUGCAAAUAAUCGGGAUCGGUCAAGUUCUGCGCCGAGACGCGCUUCACGCUUUCACCUCCCAGUGUUCAGCCGUCAUAACCGGGCAACGUCGGCUGAAUCGUUCGUCACGACGGACUCCGAGGCGGCGAAUGAAAUUACGCCUCAAACAUCGGCUGAUAGAAAUGGCAAUGGAGCGGCAGUCCGGACCCCCAGUGGAAGUGGAAAUGAAAGUAUGCAUGGCAGUGAUCCAUCGGUUCUGACGCCUGGCAGCAGCGAAGCCAGCCCUCCCAUAGGUCAACCACCUGGGUACGACGAGGCCGCUAUUCCGGAGCCGAAAGAUGCUCCACCAGAUUAUACAAGUCCAAUUCGAGAGCCAGGGGACGGCAUCCCAAGGCUCCCAAGCGUCCGUGUGGAUACAAAUCUGCCGGCUAUAGAGAUUGUGGACAGUACGCCUACCAUUGGACCAGGGGACAGCCAAAAUCAUGACAGACAAUGA